UGCCGGUGGACUCGGUUGUAGCCUUUAAUCGUCCGUGGCAGAUCCUAAAGCCACGAAAGCCUGUUUUUAUGAAACCUGGUGCUGAGCGACUGCGCGAGAGGCAGAAAUUCCAAGAUAGGCCGGACGCGGGCCAACGUCCCCAGACACACUGGCUUGUGAUGUCUACUCGGGCCUCACAGGAACACAGGGUGGUGGUAAAGGCUGUUUCCAUCAUAAAACAGGAAGUCACCUUCCGUCAGGUUCAUUGUCAUCUGACGUCUCCUCACCAUCGGACAAACAGUGGCGUCAGCUUCGAGGUCUCCAGCAAUAAACUAUACAGUAACUAUUGAAAUCUGCUUUUUGAGAGGAUUAUUAAUAAACAGUUGCUUGUCCAUUUUAGAUUCUGGGUUCUGGGAGGUACGGUUCUUGUUUAUGCCCUGGCCUUUUCACUUUUACCCUCUCGCUGGGAAAAGGGAAGAAGAGUCUCCAACUCUCUCCUUGUUAGUAACCUUGCAGUUCGCAGCGUCUCGCUCAUUAUCGCUGUCAAGUGUUUACAGUGUCUUCAUUAGCAGGCGGCCGUCCAACGAUAACAGAGCUUAAAAGAAGGCCCACAUGACGGUGAUAAGCACAGACAAGCUCCUAUUUUAGUUGACACGAGUCUCCCUGUUUACUCUGGGAGCAUGGGAGCGGACACCAGGACAGUGGUCCUUGCAUGGGGGGAUCUGCAGUUUCCAAUUUUGUCGCUGAAGAAGGAGAAGGUAAAGUCGGUGCCAGCUCAGUGGGUCAGAAUCGCGUCCAUUUCGAAAUGCGGGACUUUUCCAGGACCUUUGUGCUCCGGCUGUGCUUCGCGCUGGGGCUUUGGGUCGGCUCCUGCACCUCUAAACCUCUGAGCAACGACAUCAACGAGGCCCCGCCGGAGGGAUUCCUGCCUCAGCUGUCAGAGGAGGGCUUUCUGGAGGAGGGAGACCCAGAGUCUUGGAUGGAAAGGGUCCUGGGGACCAUGAAGGAGGGCUUUUUGAGGAAACUCAACCUGUCGGAUGUCCCCCAGGAGCACAGCAAGAUCUACCCUCCCCAGUUCAUGAUGGAGCUCUACAACAAGUACGCGUCGGACAGCGCGGCCAUCCCUCAGUCUGAUGUCAUACGAAGUUUCACUGUGCAAGAAAUCACUCUCUCUGUAACCAAUGGCACAAAGUCAAGGUACAGGCUGCAGUUCAACGUCAGCAUCCCCAGCCAUGAGAAGAUCACCACCGCUGAGCUACAGUUCUUCUUCUCGCCAGAUGCCGGGUCAAAGGUCACCUCCGCCACGUCCAAGGCCACCGUGAAUGUCUACGAAGUAGUCGACGGCGAUUCGGCACCGACGAUCCAGCUGCUGGUGGGCAAAGAGGUGACGGGUUCCCAGAGCCGGUGGGAGAUGUUUGACGUGACCGCAGCCGUUCAGAGCCGGGUCCAGUCGGAGCGUAAAGCCAGCGUUUUUGACGUGGUGGUGGACGGGAAGGAGUGUGAGGCUGCCGAUGCGUGUUCAAACAUGAGCCUCACGGUUGGAGACAACACUUCAGCAGCUUUGAUUGUCUUCUCGGACGACCUCGGCAGCAAGAGGAGGGAGACGAAGGAGGAGCUGAGGGAGAUGAUCGUCCACGAGGAAGAAUCAGUGUUACAGGCGGUCACUGAUUGGAACCGAGCGGGGCAGCGUUCAAACAGCAUCGACGUGCAGCAUCCGCGGAGGAGGAGACGGAAGGCGGAGAGGGAGUACUGCCGCAGGGCGUCGCUCAAGGUCAACUUCAAGGAGAUCGGCUGGGACAGCUGGAUCGUGGCGCCGCCGGAGUACGACGCCUUCGAGUGUCGGGGCUUCUGUUACCACCCGCUGACGGACGAGUCCACGCCCUCCAAGCACGCGCUGAUUCAGACGCUCAUCAACAUCAGGGACCCCAAGAAGGCAAACAUGGCGUGCUGCGUGCCCAUUAAGCUGGACCCCAUCACCAUCAUGUACCAGGAGAACGGGCGCCUCACUAUACGGUACCUGUACGAGGAGAUGAAGGUGGCGGAGUGCGGGUGCAGGUAGCCGGAUGGUGGCGGAGGUUUGGUGGCGCGAAAUGAAAACUAAGACUGCGUAUUUAAGUAUUGGGGCCUUUUAAUAAAUACGGCUUUUGACAAAUUAACUGCUGCUUCUUCGUGUGUUGUCCGGUGUCUGUGCUUCAACUGGUCCUACAGGAGUUUACUGUGUCGACAACCUCAUUAUGAAAAACACAGGAAGUCAAUGUCA